GGGGAUCGCACUUUUAAAUAUGUCCGCACACGCGACGGUGCGACAACGUGUCGUCCGAUAUGACAUCCAGAUAUUUCUGUCCAGUGCAAGGAAGAACAGAAGCACGCAUCUACUCUGAUAUUACAACUUCUGACGCUCCGCGUGACCUGAUUGCGAGUACCCAGACGGUCGUGCAUAUGACCGCCCAACAGAUGUCAGGGCCCCCGGUAUAAGGCCCUGUGGAGUCUUUCCGGAUCUUCGCUGCGCUCGUUGCUUCUGGGUCUGGGGCGCAGUUCCAUCGAAAGCCCGCAAGCCAUUUCUCAGAUCAACGCGUCAAGGUUGAUGGCACUGGAUCUCGUUCAUUCAUUCCAUCGGCGGAUAUACAAACCAUUCCAUGAACGGUGUAUCAUAGACGUACUACUUCAGCUCAUCCCUCAGCUUGACGAGCCAUCCCGGCGCUCUUUGUAUGGGACCUGUCGAUACACGUGGGACACUCUCCUCCCCUUUCGUUGGCGUAGUAUCACCUUAAUCAAUGCCAACGAUGGAACGGAUGAUAUUCACACUUUCUAUUCAUUACUGGCUCCCCACGAUCGAGGUCCUCUAGUCUCCAACCUGACCUUGGUCUUCGAGCGAAACGCGCCUUUCGACCUCGAAACUACCGUUUCUGUUUUAGCGUGCAUGCGCAACCUAAAAUAUCUCUCGCUUUCAUUAUAUAUUGGGGGAGACCGAUCCGAAUCCUUGUUUUCCCAUUUGGCCAAUGAAGCGAACAUUUUUAAACUCAAAAGGCUCUGGACGGAAUUCGCGGCUGGUCCACAAUAUGAACGCUUCCUAACCUCGCAGCCAGAGAUCGAAGACUUGAGGAUUUGCGGUUCUCGGGCCCUCUCAAUACCUCCCUGCGCUCUUCCAAGUUUGCGGCAUAUACAAGCAUCGUACCCCGUAGCUGCCACUUUGAUUCCUGGGAGACCCGUACAAUCCGUCACUAUCGACAAGGUUGAGAGGCUGGACGGCAUAGACAACCCCUUCCCUUUGCCGACUCAUCACAUCAUCCACUUCUUGCAUCACGACCCUCUCAGACCAUCGCAACUCGAGAAAUUUAUUCAAAGCAUGCCUCACCUUCAAUCCUGCACCAUUGGAGUCUUCCUGGAUCAGUUUACCCAGGGGGAGCUUGAUUCUAUCUGGACAGCAUUCAAUAAACUUGAUCGCCUCGAGUAUCUGGCUCUUACCUGCAAUUUCCUCCCUGUUGACCCUUACCCACUCGGAGCCAUGCUUCCUUCCCCUUCGACCGCCUAUCAGGAUUUGGUCCUGAUGACAAGAUGGAACGGAAGAUGGUUACAUUUCUCACGAAAUGAUCCUAGGUUCUACUGGGAGUUGGUGGAAGAAGGAAACAGCAGUGUCAAGCCGCCGCCUUCACACCCUGGGCAGCCCUGUCUGUGGGGGCGCACCCUCGAUCCCUUGAUCAUCAGGGGUUGGAAUCUGCAAGGUACACGAAGUAGGAAGCGGAGCAUCUGACGAGCGCCCUUAAUCUAGUCGGUCCUCGCUGCUAUUGUUCGCCAGUUUACCGCGCACCCACAUCUGCAUUGCAUUGCCGGACGAAAUCAUGAGAUCUGCAGGAUUUUGCUCAUCCCAAAAAUUACUGCCUUGACAACACGCCAUCCAAGCCUAUAUUUACACGGAUCUUUGCGCGGUGCCGGGCUCACGAAAUGAUGAACAGUCCUCGCCCACGGUUUCCAUCUCCUUGUUUAUGCCCUGUACCACCCACAUUACCUCCCACUCAGGGUUCUACAUGCGUUCGA